AUGCGUUCACUCUCGUCGAGUCCGUUCACAAGAGACAGGUUCCCAGAGUUUGCACCCCUGCGGCGGGCGGUGCAGCAUCAGGCGGAAUGGCUGGGUGAGUCGAGGCGGAAGUGCAGCGCAACGGCAUCGGUGUCGCUCACAGAGGCUGCAGUGAAUGGCAGCAACAAGAAUGGGACACGUAGCGGGGUGAUGUCUCCGUGGAUCCGCGCGUUCACGCAUUUUUUGGAGCUUGAACGUACGAUAAAUUUUAAGAUUGAGCGGCUGCACGCGCAGCAGCAGGCGUUCCUUCAACCAAAGUUUCUCUCUGAUGAGGAGGAGGAGGCGCAGAGGCAAGAGAUUGAAGGAAACGCGCAAGGCAUUCAAUCUUUGCUUCGGGAACUGGAGCGCAUGGUUAUCUCUGGCAUGCGCCCGCAGGACGUCACCAACGAGGACGAGGUGCUGGCAUCGGAAAACGCCAAGAAGCACCUUUCCUCUCGCCUAUCCAUGAUCAUUCAGUCAUUUCGCGAGGGACAAGAACUCUACGCCACACAGCUAAGGCGAUGUGAAGACAAGAAACAGCGAUACAAGCAGAUUGGUUCGUGCGAGGCGCAUGAACGGAUGGAGCGGGAGGAAAAGAUUGCUCAAUAUCUUGAGCUUGGAUAUACCCAACCUGAUAUUCAAGAACUUAUUGAAGAGGAUUUGAGACAAAAGGAACUUAGUCGCGAAGUUCAGGAAAUACUGCGAGGUGUAACAGAGUUGCAUGCGAUGUUUAAAGACUUGGGUGGAAUGGUGGUGGAACAGGGGAGCAUCUUGGAUCGCAUUGACUUCAAUGUUCAGCAGACGCAACUAGCUGUAGGAAGGGGUGUUGCAGAGUUAAAGAAGGCACGUGAAAAGCAAGGGGGGUGUUUGGCAAUGUGA